AUGAUGAUGACGAUGCGCUACGUGUUGUUUGUGUGUGUGCUCUUUGUGUGGUGUUCCUGCGUGCGUGCUGCCGAGGAAGGGAACACCGACACUGGUGAUUGCGUGCCGCCUGAAACUGAAAAAUGUAAAGGUUCUAAAAUGCCCAAGGCAAGUAAGGGUGACCGUGGAGCCCAGGGUACUUCUCAGUUGGCUGCAUCUCACACUGAUCGAGUUGAAAGUGAGCCCGAUAACAGUGUGGCAGAAUGUGAUGGAAAGCUUGAUAAAAUGGAUUGUGUUAAACCACCGUCUUCUGUUGUUCCUGCUCCCUGCCCAGAGAAAGAAUCUCAGCCCUGUCCACAGCCCCAAAUCGUUGAUACAAGCAGUCAUGGGUCUGAGACGGAUGGGUCUUGUGUAGGAGGCGCAACUCAUCCUUGCGAGAGAAAGCUCCCACCGGUGCAUAAGGGUGUUGAUGAUAAUAUCGAUACCCCUACUCUCCCGAAGGAGGAGGGGUGCACGCCUCCUGAGGAUGCAACAGGUAAACGUCCGGCCUGUAAGCCUGCUGGACUCCCUCUGGGGACGAAGGGCCAGAAGCAGUCGCCCGGUGCUUCAGGUGGGACCGAACGUGCUAACCUGAAUUUACAAAAGCAAGAAGUGAUUCAUAAAGAUGGGAGUAAAAUACUCCAGCCAACUGAGAAAACCAUCGAUAAUACGGGUCAUGAAACUCUGCCAAGCGGUCCAGGGCAAAGUCUUCAAGGUGACAAGAAGAUAGCAGAGAAACAGCAGGGAGACGUCGGUGGAUCUUCGAAUGGUCCCAAGGACGCUCACAGACCCGGCGGAACGAGGAAUGACGCCCCAGCUUCUGGUCCCACUCCACCUGCAGUAAACACACCUGAGGCUGAGAGCGCUGCUGACGAUCACCCCGAGGGGGAGCCUGUUGAGAGUGCUGCUCAGGCUGCAGUCGAACAAAGUGAUGCCGUGCAAUCGCAGACAUCUCCCACCUCUACUUCCACGAGUGCCACAGAAGCCACAAGCAGCAGCCAGCCGAACAGCAGUCCGUCAACCGACAAGGGCCAAGACACGAAGGCGGUGGACAGCAGCGGCGGUGCUGUGUGGGUGCAUGCACCUCCGCUGCUUCUGCUGGCGUUGUUUGCAGUGACGGCUGUGUCAUGA